AUGACGACCGACGAACGAACGCCGCUCAUCGCCCCUGACAGGAGCGGCAAUGGCGUCGCCACCAAGUCCUGGCUACAGCGCGUGUUCCAUGUGGAGAAUAGGAUUCUGUUUGCCGGCUUCCUGAUCACGCUGUCGUUCAGCUAUACCCAAGUUCCGCUCUUCUAUGUGUUCCACCUGAUGGAAUGCGACGUCUUCUACGACACCCAUCCGCCGUACCAGGGAACCGGAGACAGAUGUAGCCGGAAUGAGAUUGCCGCAGGGACGGCAACGCAGUUCAGCAUCCUGGGCAUGAGCACAACCUUCUGCGGAACCUUCAACCUCUUCGUUACGGGAUGGUUUUGCAAGAGGUUUGGCCCGAGACUAGCGCUCAUGAUGCAGACUUUCUUCCCGGCCGUCCGCGUUUUGACUCAGAUUCUCGGAGUCAUCGCGGGGAAGAGCGCCGGCAUGAUGAUUAUCCAGGCGACGCAAUUGAUUACCAUUCUAGGCGGGCCAGCAGGUUACAUCCUCGCGGUAAAUAUCAUUGCCGGCGAGCUCGUCGAGCCCGUGAGAAGGACGGCAGUGUUCGGCAUGCUCCAAGGAGCCAUCAUGCUGGGCCAAGGAAUCGGAUACUUGACGGGCGGCAUGAUUGGUGAUGCGAUUGACAUCCGCGCCCCCUUCGACGUCGCCUUCGUUUCGUUCCUUAUAUCCUGCGCAUAUGCCUACUUUUGCCUGCCGUACAUUUCACCGGAAUCCAUGUCGAGCGCGGCGAAACCUGGUGAGAAAGACACGGGAGGUUUCCUUGCGCCGCUCCGAAUCCUGCUGCCCCAGCGCCUUCGCCAUCCCAACGGCAAAAUCACCAAGCACUUUGGCGUUAUUUUCCUGUGUGCGGGAAUAUUUCUGGGCGUCCUUGCAACUGGAUACGCACCACUGCUCAUUCAAAUGCAUGCCACGGCCGAAUUCAGCUUCAACCAAGCCGACAACGGCUGGCUCAUGUCCGAGUUUGCCAUCAUGAGGAGUGUCUUCCUGCUGUUCAUGUUCCCGCCCAUCAUCUCCUGGGGACGAGGAUGGAUAACUAGACGGAGCGCCUGUGUCUCGCAACCAACCACCACGGAGAACGGCAAUGCAGAGCCAGGGCACAUACCCGUCGACCCUGGCGAAUUCGACGCGACUGUCGGUCAACAGGCCGACGAAGAGCCAGUGCAGUUUUCCAUGGUCGAAGACGACCGCGAGGCUUCAAAGUUUGACCUCAUCUUCCUGCGAUGGAGUCUCGUCGUGGACGGUGCGCUCACCACCGUCGCUGCAUUUGCCACGCAGCGCUGGCACAUAUAUCUAGCCGCUUUCCUGCUCCCCUUUGGGUCUGGAUCUGCCCCGGCGGCCAAGGGCGUCAUCACGGAGAUGUGCACCGAUGCCCAGAGAGCCGACGCACUAAACGCCGUCACUUUGGUGGAAAACGUGGCAAGAUUGGCCACGCAGGGCCUAUUUGGCUUUGUGUUUGCUGCCUUUGCCGAGAUGGGCCACGCGUAUCUCACAUUCUUUUGCAAUGCGGCUAUCGCCGUUAUCGGCAUGGGAGUACUGUUGUUCUCCAACUUUCCGGCUGCUGACUGCCAGCUUGUUGACAAGGAUGGUGGAUUGAACGAAGUUCAUGAUGACGAUGAUGAUGAUGCCUAG